AGAUUUAGGUCUAGCGAUGUGAAAUAUACCCGGGUACCAGCCGGUAGAUUAUGUCUAGUAGUUAACAACAGAAUAACAGUUGCUGAUGGUGGCGCGCAGCACCAGAGAAUCUUACCUGUUAGAACAACUGGAGGCGGACAAGCGCUUUCAUUCUCUCAGUGAUGAGCAGAAACGAGCGGUAAUAGAAGUGCGGCGGAAGAAGGAGUUGGUACAGAGAGAGCUUAGUGUUAUUGAUCAGGAGCUAUCUAGGAUAGAUCAGGAGUUAGCGCAGUUCGAAGGGAGACACCCUGGAGCUGCUGCUGCCGCGAGCGCUGAACACAAUCGUAACGAUAACACUAAGACUCUGGACGACGUUCAGGGUCGACAGAGGUUUAACGUGGAUCCCAAGAAGGGAAUAGAGCUUCUGAUAGCAGCUGGGUUACUGAAUGACACUCCUGAAGAUAUCGCCUCCUUCCUCUACAAGGGAGAACGUCUUCACAAAACAAAGAUCGGCGAGUACCUCGGUGAGCACAAAGAACUUAACUUGAUGGUUUUAACGAAGUUUGUUGAGUUGUUCGAGUUCGAGAAGAUGGAUAUCGUCACUGCACUCAGAAACUUUCUAGGAAAAUUCAGAUUACCGGGUGAAGCCCAAAAGAUCGACCGAAUGAUGGAAGAGUUCGCGACAGUCUACUGCAAAGCAACUGGCAGUGUGUACAGUAAAAGUGACACGUGCUACGUUCUAGCGUUCUCCAUCAUAAUGCUCAACACCUCACUUCAUAACCCCAGUGUUAAAGACAAGCUUUCUGCUGAUCAAUUCGUAAAAAUGAACAACGGUAUAAACGAUGGUGGAGACCUCCCCGCCCAGCUACUCAUAGACGCAUACCACUCCAUUAAAAACACGCCCUUCGAAAUACCUGAAGACGACACACAAGACUUCACCAUAACAUUCUACAACCCUGAUAAACGGGGUUAUCUAGUUAAGGAGGGAGGAAAACAUAAGAGCUGGAAGAAAAGAUACUUUGUGUUGACUGAUAAUUGUUUGUAUUAUUUUGUGAAGGAAUCAGAUAGUGAACCUAAGGGUAUUGUUCCCCUGGAAAACCUCAAGGUUGAGGAGUGUAAACUAAAAGACAGAAAGUUUACACUCGAGAUAAGAUCCGACGAAAAGUUUAUCAAAUCAGCUAAAACAGACAGUGGCGGCAAAAUGGUGUCCGGUAACCAUGAAUACUACAGAAUACAAGCAAGCAAUCAUGAGGAAAUGAUGGCCUGGAUGGAAAGCAUCAGAAAAAGCAUCAGCAAAGAUCCGUUCUAUGCGCAAAUGCAGGCCCGCAAAAAGAACGCUAUGUGCAAACAAUGAAGAAACGAACUGACUUAAAUGAAUUUAUUUACCACAUGACGUCAAAUUUUCCCUCACGUGACGUCACACGUCCAAUCACAUGUCGUCACAUGUUCCCUCACGUGACGUCACACGUCCAAUCACAUGUCGUCACAUGUUCCCUCAAGUCUCGUCACACGAUACCUCACGUGACGUCACAAGUUCCUUUACGUGACGUCACACGCUCCUUUACGUGACGUCACACGCUCCCUCACGUGACGUCACACGUUCCUUUACGUGACGUCACAAGUUCCCUCACGUGACGUCACACGCUCCCUCACGUGACGUCACAUGCUUCACACUUUUUGUAUGCUCGUUAAUUGUUAUAGCUCCGCUUUUUAUAUUGCACAAUCAACAAACGAUAUAUAGUUUAUUGAGGUGUUAUUGUGAAUUGUGAAACUCAAAAAUGUUGGGGGCGGCAUAGAAAUUAAGAGGGUAAAGGGGAGGCAACCUAAUCAACAAAAAUAGCACUGUCCUUAUAAAUUGUGAAUGAAAUUAUUCACUUGAUAUCAACACGACUCUGCUUAACAAUUGGAGGAUUUCAAGAAAUUGAAGAGUAAUUUGGGAGUAAUUAAUCACAAAUGUAGGCCUAAUUAGUUACAUUAUUAAAAUGCAUUUAACUUCUUAAAGAAUACAUAACUGGACGAGAUAUAAUGGGCUAAUCGUUUUGUAGAAAAUAUUACUUACAUGAUAAUGAAAUGUUAAUACUUUUAAAUUGAUUGAUGAAUUUGCUCACGCAAGAAGUGAGCUGUCACAGUGAUAUUUGUUUUAACGCGUUAUUAUUAUGCGGUAGUUAUAUAAUUGAUUAAUUAAGAAUUAAUUAUUGUUUAAUUAUAUAAUUACCGUAUAUUAUUAUAUCCCAUGAUCCAAUUUAAUGUUUUAUAAGGUGUCGUUAUAAUAAGUGGUUAAAAAUAUCAACAUUUUUUGUGAUCGUUGUCCCCCGUCACCGCUUCGUGCCCCAGAUAUUAGCUCUUGAUAUCUUGUUAAGUUUUUUUGUUGUUGGUUGGGGUGAUGAAUUCAGUUAGGGUUACGUAACAGCUAGUGCUAAGAUCAAGAAAUGGGGCUCGAAGUAUUUGGCCAGGGCCAUGUGAACUUAAAUGUUACAUUGAUUAAGUUUUCCCAGUUUUAUAUGAAAAAAAUGUCUCCUCAGAUGGUUUUAAAAUGAAACGGAAAUUCUUGAUCUUGUAUUUAAAAUUAUUUACGGUCUGUUUCGGAUGAUUUACCUUAAUUUCCUAGUUUAUGUUUCUGUCAAACACCGCGUUCUCUCCAACUUUUUGAAACCAAACUAUUUUGCAGAUGAACCAAAUUUGAAGUUGAAUUAAAGAACGCGAUGUUUUACAGUAACACAAAUUGUGGUGGCGCGGUUGGAUUCACAAGAGGCGAUUAUUAUCCGUGUAAAUAAGAGAUAUGUAUCAAAAAAGCGAUGUUUCCUGUCUGACUUACAGAACUUUACGGUAUCAUCGUUUUUUGGGUGACCUUUGUCACAAAUUCUUA